CCCACCGGGGCAGGCCUGAAGGCCACCCUCUUCUGCAUCCUGACCUGGGUCAGCCUGACGGCUGGAGACCGCGUGUACAUCCACCCCUUCUAUCUCCUCUACUACAGCAAGAGCACCUGCGCCCAGCUGGAGAACCCCGACGUGGAGACAGUCCCAGAGCCAACCUUUGAGCCUGUGCCCAUUCAGGCCAAGACCUCCCCUGUGGAUGAGAAGACCCUGCGCGACCAGCUCGUGCUGGCCACUGAGAAGCUAGAGCCUGAGGAGCGGCAGCGGGCUGCCCAGGUCGCGAUGAUCGCCAACUUCAUGGGCUUCCGCAUGUACAAGGUGCUGAGUGAGGCAGGAGGCGGGGCCAGGGGCGCCAUCCUCUCCCCACCGGCUCUCUUUGGCACACUGGUCUCUUUCUACCUUGGAUCUUUGGAUCCCACAGCCAGCCAGCUGCAGGCGCUGCUGGGAGUCCCUGUGAAGGAGGGAGACUGCACCUCCCGACUGGAUGGACACAAGGUCCUUGCUGCCCUGCAGGCCGUUCAGGGCUUGCUGGUCACCCAGGGUGCGGGCAGCAGCCAGACACCCCUGCUACUGUCCACCGUGGUGGGCCUGUUCACUGCCCCAGGCCUGCGCCUCAAGCAACCAUUCGUCCAGAGCCUGGCUCCCUUUGCCCCUGCCGUCUUCCCACGCUCUCUGGACUUAUCCACCGACCCAGCUCUUGCCACUGGGAAAAUCAACAGGUUCGUGCAGGCCGUGACCGGGUGGAAGAUGAACUUGCCCCUGGAGGGGGUCAGCGCACACAGCACCCUCCUUUUCAACACCUACAUUCACUUCCAAGGAAAGAUGAGAGGCUUCUCCCAGCUUGCUGGACUCCAUGAAUUCUGGGUGGACAAUAGCAGCUCCGUGUCUGUGCCCAUGCUCUCGGGCACUGGCGACUUCCAGCACUGGAGUGACGCCCAGAACAACUUCUCCAUGACGCGCGUGCCCCUGGGUGAGAGCGCCGCCCUGCUGCUGAUCCAGCCCCACUGCAUCUCAGAUCUCGACCGGGUGGAGGCACUCGUCUUCCAGCACGAUCUCCUGACCCGGAUAAAGAACCCGCCUCCUCGGGCCAUCCGCCUGACCCUGCCCCAGCUGGAAAUCCGAGGAUCCUACAACCUGCAGGACCUGCUGGCCCAGGCCAAGCUGUCUACCCUUUUGGGUGCUGAGGCAAAUCUGGGCAAGAUUGGUGACACCAACCCCCGAGUGGGAGAGGUUCUCAAUGGCAUCCUCCUUGAACUCAAAGCGGGAGAGGAAGAGCAGCCAACCGGGUCUGCCCAGCAGCCUGGCUCACCCGAAGCCCUGGAUGUGACCCUGAACAGCCCCUUCCUGUUCGCCAUCUAUGAGCGGGACUCAGGCGCACUGCACUUUCUGGGCAGAGUGGAUAACCCCCAGAGUGUGGUGUGAGGCCUUGGGUCUAGCCUUGGAAACAAGGCCAGCACGGAAGAGCCACCCUGGGCUAAGAUCAGCGCUGUCGCCCCUGGUUUCCCAACACUCCUAGCAAGGCAGAGGCCGUCUCCUUGGGGACUGUGCUGACAGAAUAAAUGAUGAGUAGCAGA